UCAGGCAUGUUGUUGUACGUACUCUACUACCAUUGCUAUUAUUAAUUACUACACGACACCACACCGUACGCUCAGAACAUAUACCAACGUGAUACGUGCGAAUACGACGACGAUAUCACGUCGACGAGAAGCAGCAUCAGCAGCAACGGCGACGGCGACGGCGACGAAAGAGGGCAUGGGAAGGCCGUCCAUUGAGGCGCUGGCAAUGGCGGACGCCGACUGGGCGCAGCACUGCGCCGCCUUCGACGACGACGACGCAGGCGCGCCGCCGGAGCACCUGCGCGUCUUCGAGACGUUCAUCGACGCGGUGGUGCCGGUGGACGUGGUGCUGGCGUUCGGGCGCGAGCAGAGCGCGCGCGCCCGGCGCGGGGAGCGGCACCGGAGCCACCAGGAGGACGUCAAGGAGAAGCUCAAGCUCUGGGCCAAGGCCGUGGCGGCCAAGGCGAGACAAGACAGCAUCAAACACAACAGCAGCAACAAGAGUGCAUGCGUACACGGCGGUGUCUAGCUAGGGCAUAUGCAUGCAUGCUAGCUUAUUUCUCAACACACACCUACUGACC